AUGAUGCGUACAUUGGAGAAAGACGUCCUGGCCUUGAUAGAGGAAGCGCCGAAAGUGCCGCUGCCUAUCACGCGUGCCACGAUCGAGUCGUUCGGGAUCGCCGUCAGGGACAAGCUGGUGGCCGGGUUGGAGAAGAAACCCGAGUUUGCUGAAACUCUGUCUGAAGACGCAAAGGAGAUUUUCAUGGAAAAGGUUAACAACACUUUCAAGGAGGACGAAAACAUUUCUGACGACGACGACGAGCUAGACAGCGCCAAAGAUUCUGAGAGUGCGGGGGGUGGUGGGAAGAAGGCGCCGCCGUCGUUCGCGGAGCUGGCUGAUUUUUUUGGUCCUCUAGAACAAUACGCAGAGUCGUGUGGCAUUGGUGACGCCGGGCACUUUCUCCGCAAGGCGAAAAUGGCAUUCUUGGCAGCUACAUUCGCUAGACCGGCACGGCAGUUGGACAUUAGAGUGUUUGCCGACUCGUAGUGCAAUCAGUCGGCUGACGCCUACAGUUGCAGAGCAUCGUGGUGGUUGGGUUGAUGCGCCGGGGUGGGGUUGUUUGAUUUUUCUAGUGCUGUAGGGCUGUUUCAGUUAGUUUCGCGUCUCUACGUUGCUGUUUUCAUGCGUUCUACACGUAGUGUUGAACCCCAUGUUACACUGCCCGCCGGACAAAAGAAAUGAUAUGCCACGGAUGAUACCAUGCGUUUGGACGUGGUUCCUGUGGUCUGCCUGCACAGAAAAAAACAGGUCUUGACCACAGAAGGCUCGGUAACCGUUGGAUAAUCAACGGCCAUUUCAUGUGUUUCAUGCGGAUACUGCUGCACACAAAUAAACCACGAGGAGUGGCACGAGGAGUGGAACAGUAUGCACGGCUUUACAGCGCAUAAUGAGUGUACAGCGUGAACAUCGAAGCGCUUUAUUCGAUAUAUUGGCACUAUUGC